AUGAAUCCCAUGGAUGAAGAAAAGAAUUGGCUGAAUCUUAACGUGGGCCAAAAGCUUCAAGAUUCUUGUUCAAGAUCAAAAUCAAUCUCAGUGAGGAUAUGCCAUUUCUGCAAGAGGAAGUUCUACAGCCCACAAGCACUUGGGGGUCAUCAAAAUGCUCACAAAAGGGAGAGAGAAGCAGCAAGAAGAUACCACUCACUUAACAUGGAGACUAAGUUCCCGAUUCAUCGAACACUUGGCGCGCAUUCCCACUCGCUUCCAAAUACACCAACCACAAAUGAAGGGAAAAUGACAAUGAGUGUGUCUGGAGCUACAUGGGCGAAUGAUGAAGAAGGAGUGGGUUUAAUGUGGAGUGAAAGCUUUUAUUUGGAUUCACAAAUGGUGGCUUCUCAGUCGUCGGAUCAACUCUCACUUGAUUUAACCCUCAAGUUGUGA